AUGCUCUCUCUCUUUAUUGUGUAUCUGUUGGGUGUGCAGCAUUUCACAGAGAGAGAGAGAGGGAGAGAGAGCGAUGAGUGGGGUAUCAACUUCCGUUCCUUCUACCACCCAAAUCCUUUCCCUGUUCCGUUCCCUUCUGCGCGUUGCACGCCACUUCCCCGAUUACAACAUCAGGGAAUACACUAAACGACGCACCAUCGAUGCGUUCCGUCAAAACGCCACUCUUUCUGACCCUUCCGCUAUUUCGUCUGCCUUUUCCCACGCCAAGUCUCAACUCGAAGUCGCUAAACGACAGGCCGUUGUUUACUCUCUCUACGCCCCUCCGCUUCGCAGCGUCAUGGAACUCCAACAACCCUUUCAUUAAAGGUUCUGAGUAUCAUAUGACUCUUAUGGUCUGCUGAGGAGGUGAUAAAUCAGAAAUGUGUCUGCCCUUGGAUCAUUCGUUUCGUGUGGAACUGGCUACAGAGUGAAUAUCGUUUGAGGUCUCAGCUUUCUCCGGGAAAGCCAUAAUAUCUCUUUAAUAUCCAUCACUCAUUUUUUUGGAGGACAAUUUUAUGUACUUGUUUCUUUUUAAGUUGAGUUGUACUCCCUAAUAAUAAUGCAAAUUUGGUUUUAAGUUUUUAGUUAGAAUGAGUAAUUUGGUUGGUCUGUCUGUAAAUUUCACAAUUUUUUUUUUUUAUAUGACGGUGAUGAUGUUCUCCUUCACAAUAACACUUGAUGAUGCACUGCAAAGUUGGUUUAUUUGUGUCUGG